AUGGACCAAAAUCCCAACGCCGUACUCUCUCCACCGGCCGUGACGAGCCUUCGGGCACAGGCGGCUGGCCCGAUGGAGCGUUCUUUUACCCAGGACAUCCAAGAAGAGUGCGAGGAACUUCGCGAAGCUGCCGAACAAACUCUGAAUGUAAUCCUCGACGUCAACCUCGACGGCACCAUACGAUGGGUCAGUCCUUCAUGGACCGACGUACUCGGCACCCCGACCAACGCCGUCCAAGGCACUGCAAUCGCCGAUCUCAUCGUUAGCGAGAAUAAGAAUAUAUUCUCUAAGGUGGUGGAUACUAUGAGAUCCGACGAUUCUCGAAGCCAACGUAUCCGGUUCGCUGUCCAUUUAGGACCUCUGUCCAAGCUGCUAUCCCUCGAACGGCUUCAGAACCCUGAUGCUGAGCCUGAACAGCCGGAGACUAUUGAACUCGAAGCCCAAGGUAUUAUGGUCUACGAUAUCGUUUCGGGAGGCGAGAGUCAUACGAUGUGGAUGGUUCGACCCUGGAUCGCUCCCCGAGAGAUCAAAAUCGACCUCCCCCUGGUGAUUGUUGAUGCCCUAGGGUCAGGCGCCGAAGUCCUUGCCAGUUACCUCACCCAGCUCGCUGAGUCCGGUAUCGAAGAUCCUGAGAAUCACCCACCCCCGCUACCCGUGCUCUGUCGUAUCUGCGAACGUCAAAUAUCGCCCUGGUGGUUCGAGAAACACACCGACCUGUGCCUGCAAGAACACAGAGCCGAGAUGGACGUACAGAUGGCACAGGAAAAUCUUAUCGAGCAUCGACAUGCCAUUGUCAGAGUCUUGGAUGCCCUCGAGGCCCGGAGGAGCCGUUCCCUCACUGGGGACCAGCCGCCUCUGCCGGUUGCCGAGUACAAGGGUCUACCCAUUGGCCCGCCUCCCUCCAGCCAAUCGUCCCCAGCAAACUCGGUAUCUCAGUCCAGGGAUCGAUCCGGUGGCUUCGGUCACGCGAGGGCCCGUUCCUUCGCCAUUCGCCGGCCCCAGGCCCGAAUCGUGGAACUUUUGAUGGAUCUGUGUGACACUGCCAUAGAAAUCAGUACGCCAGCCAUCAAAGAGUCCGCCUCGCAAACCCCCGGGGAGCCUCGAGCAGAGUCACCCCAGUCCGAAUCACGUAUCGCCCAGGUCAUGCAAUGGCAGUCGCCAGGCAGCAACACGCUCGAGCAGGAACAAGGCCUCGCCCUUCUCUGUACCGACACGGAAAAGGCCGCCAAAGCCAAAGUUGAGGCGAUCUUCAGGCACCGCAAGAUCAUCGAGUACGCCGAACGUAUUCGCAUCGAGUUUGCUGUCCUGGUUCAAUCCUGCAUCGACGAAGCCAUGCAUAAGGCAGCUCGUAUUGCCGCUGGGCGGUUGAGUGACUCGACGGAGGACGAGGAGGAGGAGGACGGGGAUGCAGACACCGAGGACCUCACGCCGGCCCCGCGGGAGGGGACUCCGUUCCUGGACAACGCGGCAGGAAACCCGUCCGCCCUUGCAGCCGCCCUAGAGAACGCAGCCCUUGACGACGGCAUAACUCGGACACGUCCAAUGUCCUUCAUAGGUUCCGCCCGGUCAGACAGCCCGCGAGAACGUUCUGUAACGGCGAAGUCUAAUCUCGGAAGCGUUGGACAUGUCAGCAGUUCGCGCGAAUCAAGGCGAGAGUCCCUGCUCUGCGAGAGCGACACGGGCGACAGCGAAGGCAGCCUGCGUUCGUCGUCGUUGACCUCACGCCAGCCACGAACCGAAUCCCCCAUGUCUGAAUUCGGCGAUCUCCGCCGCGCUGCGAGCUCCCGCCAACAUCACCGUCGAAGUCUCGUCCUGCCAGGUACCGCGUCGCCUCGGCGGCAGGAAUCGCCGUCGCGCGGGACUCAACCGUCUUCGCCUUUGCGAAUCCAUAAACCUCGCCAUUUCGUUUACGGCCACGACGGCGUGGUUUCUCCCGAGCCGUCCCCCAUGCUGCCCACCAGCGAGUUUGGUUCGCCGGCCGUGGCACCGCAUCAUCAUCGCCGCCAGUCGUCGACGGCCAUGUCCGAGUUCGUCAUGCGUCCCCCACCGUCACCAAGGCUGAGCGCCCAUAAUCCGCCCCCGCAAGCUCGGCCUGCGCCUCCUUCGAUCAAGGAUUUCGAGAUCAUCAAGCCGAUCAGCAAAGGCGCGUUCGGGAGCGUGUACUUGUCGAAGAAGAAGUCAACUGGGGAAUAUUUCGCCAUCAAGGUCUUGAAGAAGGCAGACAUGGUGGCCAAGAAUCAGGUCAGCAACGUCAAGGCUGAACGUGCCAUCAUGAUGUGGCAGGGCCAGAGUGACUUCGUCGCCAAGCUGUACUGGACUUUCUCAAGCAAGGACUAUCUCUACUUGGUCAUGGAGUAUCUCAAUGGGGGUGACUGCGCGUCGCUGAUCAAGGUGCUUGGGGGUCUCCCUGAGCACUGGGCCAUGAAAUAUCUCGGCGAGGUAAUACUGGGUGUAGAGCAUCUUCACAGCCGCGACAUCAUUCAUCGUGAUCUUAAACCCGACAACCUCCUGAUUGACCAGAAGGGCCAUUUAAAACUGACCGACUUUGGUCUGUCGCGAAUGGGUCUUGUUGGACGACAGAAGCGGGCGCUUAAUAGCGAAAAUCCCGAAUCCACCCCGGAUCUUCUCAAGCAGGGGCCGUUUGCCCGCUCGGCGUCAAUGGCCUCGUCUCGUUCGACGUCCAUGGAUCUCCACGGCCACUCGCCGUCACCGAACCUCACUCCGCAAAUGUCACCCGAGGUGGGGGCCAACCACGGAUUGUCGUCGUACUUCGUCCUCGGAGGUCUUUCGCACGAACCCCGUCGCAUCUCGGGCUCCGAUCGUCGCAGUGAAAGUGGUGGCAGCGACGCCCUCGCGCACAUGCUGCAUAACUUCUCGCUGAACGAUCCCGAACCGGCGGCAUCCCAGCCACAUGGUGCCAAGUGUGCGGAUGAGCAUAACGAGAGCAACGUCACGUCUCCUGAGGUACCAGGUCUUCCGCAUCAGUCAAGCAGCCUAUCACAGAUGUCACAGUCGAGUGCUGAACUGCUUGGGAAGAACACGCCGCCGCAGAACGGUAGCAUGAUGCCCCCGGCCAUGGCCCUAUUCGACCCGGAGGACACGAACCGACGUUUUGUGGGCACGCCUGACUACCUAGCACCGGAGACGAUCAAGGGUGAGAAGCAGGACGAAACAAGCGACUGGUGGUCAGUGGGCUGCAUCAUGUUCGAGUUCUUGUACGGUUACCCACCCUUUCACGCCAGCGAGGCCGAGCUUGUCUUUGAGAACAUUCUUGCCCGUAAGAUCCAGUGGCCCGACGAGGCCGAUUGCGAACCCAUCUCCGAGGAAGCCAAGGAUCUCAUCAACAAACUACUCUGCAUGGAACCGCAGAUGAGGCUGGGGGCGGCCCGCGAUGACAAGUACGCCUCGGGAGGAGAGGAAAUUCGAAAUCACCCGUGGUUCAGCGGCAUCAAUUGGGAAACUUUGGUGCAGGACGAGGCGCAGUUCGUUCCGCAAACAGACGAUCCCGAGAAUACGGAGUAUUUCGAUAGCCGCGGAGCAGUGUUGCAGUCGUUCGCCGAGGAGAUGGAAGACCAAACAUCACCGCCGUCCUCCGCAGCAGGUUCCGACUAUCCGGCCCGGCCGCAUGAUGCGCUUUCCCGCGUCAGGUCCCAGGUCAACUCGAUCAAGCGCAACCUGAUGCCGCUUCACAUCCCGCCUCAUGUGCGGGACUUGAAGAGUAGGCGUCUGAGCGAGCCCGUGCCUGCGGAUGACUUUGGCUCCUUUGCGUUCAAGAACCUUCCUGUUCUAGAAAAAGCCAACAAGGACGUGAUUCAGAAGCUUCGCGCCGAGGCGCUGGCGACCCAGAACAAGCAGGCCUCCAUCAGCUCCGGAGGUGGACCCAUCACCUCUCCUGGCCCGGCACUGGAGGGGAGCCCCGUUAUGUCCGUUCCAGUUCAGCGGACAAUCUCCCACGCCAAGGCCCACAACAGGCCACAAUCUCCUUCUGGGCUGGGUCAUCACGCCAACUCGUCUCCCAGUCGGGCCUCCCAGCCUUCCUCCCCUCUCCUGGUGUCGUUUGUUGCCGGACAGGGAAGCGAGGGACGACGCAAGACAUCCAGCAAUGCGUCAAGUUUCUCUCAGCCGCCGUCCAGUGCUUCCUUGCAGCCCAAUCCUGGGCUGGACGUGCCCAAGGUGCCCCCUAGCCUGCAAAAGGCGGCCACUUCGGUGUCGGUGUCGGCCUCUCCGGUCAAAGGACGCGGCCAAGCUCCGCCUCCGCUGGCCUUGUCGCCUCAGAAGCUGGUGGCGACACCGCGGCAGGCGAGCACUUCGUCCACCGGCCGGUCUCGUUCCCUCACGGUCGGAUCGCAGUCUCAGGAAGGCAGUCCGAUAACGUCAGACCUCCUCGCCCACCACCGGAAUCGUCGGAGUCAAGUAUUCGACAUGUCGCCGUCAUCUUCCGACAAUGAGAGCGAGAAGCACAACGCGCUGCUCCGGGUGCAACGUCGACGGCAGAGCUCUCGACGGCUGUCCCAGAUUGCGCUCGACGACGGACCCAUGUUCCGGCCGCUGGAUGUGUUGAUCUGCGAGGACCACCCGGUUUCCCGGAUGGUGAUGGAAAAGCUGCUGGAGAAGCUACGUUGCCGUACCAUAUCAGUGCCUAACGGGUCGGAAGCGGUUCGGUAUUCGCUGAGCGACAUCAAGUUCGACAUCAUCUUCCUCGCAUACCGACUCCCUCAGAUCAGCGGGGCCGAUGUGGCGAGGAUGAUCCGCGAGACGAAGAAUGCCAACUCGAACACGCCCAUCGUGGCGAUCACGGCCUACCUCAAGGAGCUGCAGGCUCCACAUUAUUUCGAUUCCCUCAUCGAGAAGCCCAUUUCGAGCUCGAAGCUCUCGGAGGUGCUCAAGAACCUUUGUCAGUGGAAGCCGCAGUCGCCCGGGCCGACCAACCCACUCUUUCUGCCUCAUCCCGUCCCGUCGGGCCUCCGGCAGGCGAGCCUGCGAGCGGACGACAGCCCAACGUCGAGCUCAUCGGUGUUCCCUGGGCGGGCCAGCAGCAGCGUGGUCACGUCGAGCCGGGAAGAUUCGAUUGGGUCCAGCCUUUUUGGGGAUUCCGAGUCGGCGGUAUCGACAGACGAUGUCCCUCCCGUGGUGGUCUCUCGCAGAGGCACGAGCGAAUGGGAGGAUGGAGGCGGCCUGGGGAUCCGGGAGGAGGACGAGGAAGGGAGGGAGGAGGAGGAGGAGGAGGGGGAGGAGGUCGUGUACAAUGCGGUGGGCGAAUUGCCGAAGACCGUGCCACCCUUGGCCUUAAUUUCGCAGCAGCCGGCGGCGAGCGUGACGGACCACGCGACGACUAGAAAAUACACGGCACCACGGCUGGGCGAGAAGGGCAAGGCGAAAAGGGAGCCGGCAGCACGGCGAAUGGCAGAGAGCACCGACUCGGCGGAUGACGAAGACGAGGAGCUCGGGCUUGUGCACGACCAGCCGAGACAGGGGCAGAGCAACAGCAGUGGGAGCAGCGACAGCGGCAGCAGCGUCAAAUCGUUCCGGGUCAAGCCGCUUUUGCCCAGCUCGAAGCUCGGGAUCGAGAUGAUGCGGGCGGACAGCCACGACGGCGGGUUUAUCGCCUCGUCGGAAAGCACAACGGAGCCGGUGACGCAGGUGGUUACACCGUGUAAGGAGGAUGGGCCGGCACUUCUUUUCGGGGCCGCGGAGGAAACGGGGCCGAUGUGCACUCCUCCGCCUCCGAAUGACGGCAAGCCCGCAUCGUGUGCGGCCGAGGUGGAAGAGACGCCGCGUCCGCAGACGGCACAGCGGGAUGUGGGCAGGGAAGAAGAAGAAGAAGAGCGCACGCCGCGAGCCGUGGAAAAGACUGGUCCAUCGAAGAGCUAA